AUGGAGCUUCUUUCCCAAAAAACGGAGUCUUGGAAUGAGAGUAGGGAUUGCUGCAGUUGGGAUGGAGUCACUUGUGACUUAUUAAACGGUCAUGUUAUCGGGUUAGACCUUAGUUGUAGUCUGCUUUUUGGCACUUUUCAUCCCAAUAGUAGCCUCUUCCAACUUCAUCAUCUCCAAACACUAAACCUUGCUAACAAUUACUUCGAUUCUUCUUCUUCGAUCCCACAUAACAUUGGCCGAUUGACGAAUUUGAGGCAUCUCAACCUUUCUCACUCUUCCUUUGGUGGGAAAAUCCCAACAGAAAUCUCAUACCUUUCCAAUUUGGUUUCACUUGAUCUUUCUGGUUAUGGAUUACAACUUGAUGAGAGAACAUUUGAAGCAAUGUUUCAGAACUUGACAAAUCUGGAGGUACUUUCUCUCUCUGAAGUCAACAUCAAAUCACCGAUACCUGUAAGUAUUCAUCCCAAUAGCAGCCUCUUCCAGCUUCAUCAUCUCCACACACUUAACCUUGAUAGCAAUUACUUUAAUCCUUCUUCAAUCCCAAAUGGCAUUGGCCGAUUGAGGAAUUUGAGGCAUCUAAAACUCUCUGGCUUUGAUGGGAAAAUCCCAACAGAAAUCUCAUACCUUUCCAAUUUGGUUUCACUUCAUCUUUCUUUUUGGAAUGGAUUACAACUUGACGAGAGAACAUUUGAAGCAAUGUUUCAGAACUUCACAAAUCUGGAGAUACUUUCUCUCUUUGAAGUCAACAUCUCAUCUGCGAUACCUGUGAAUAUUUCUUCUUCCUCCUUAAGGUACCUGGAUCUUGGUUAUACUAAUCUGCGAGGUGUUCUCACAGAGAGCUUUCUCCUUCCGUCAAACCGCUUGGAAACGCUCAAAUUGAGUGAUAAUGAUCUUCUCAAAGGAGUUUUUCCAAAGUUCCACCGGAGCAACACUCUGUUAAUGGAGUUGGAUAUUUCAUUCACAGGCAUCUCUGGUGAGCUGCCUCAUUUAAUUGGCACCUUCAGUUCCUUGAAUAUCUUGAACCUUGGAGGAUGUCAAUUCUCUGGUUCCAUUCCUGAUUCCAUAGGCAACCUAACACAAAUUAGGGAGUUGGAUUUAUCUAAUAAUCAUUUCACUGGCCAUAUUCCUUCCACAAUCUCUAAAUUGAAGCACCUCACACGUUUAUAUCUUUCUCACAACUCCUUUUCAGGUGAAAUUCCUGAUGUUUUCUCUAACCUCCAAGAGCUACGUACUUUACAUCUUUCUUAUAACAGCUUCAUCGGUUCAUUUCCCGCUUCAAUUUUAAGUUUGACAAAUCUUCAAUACUUAGACAUGUCGAGUAACUCCCUAUCUGGCCCACUGCCUAGCAACCAAAGCAUGCUUCAAAAGCUAACUUCUGUGGAUUUGUCAUACAACUCACUGAAUGGUCAUAUUCCAAUGGAAUUGGGGCAAUUGAAUACACUUGAAGCUUUAGAUCUCUCCUGGAAUCGGCUCACUGGAAAGAUUCCGCAGGAAUUGACAAGAAUGAACUUUCUGGCAGUCUUAAACCUCUCUCAAAAUCAUCUCGUUGGACCAAUUCCUCACGUUCUACAGUUCAACACAUUUGAAAAUGACUCGUACGGUGGCAACCUUGAUUUAUGUGGUCUUCCUUUAACAAAGAAAUGUGGAACGAGUGAUUCAUCGCAUGUUCCUCAACAAUUGGAGUCCGAAGAAGAAGGCGAGUCAUAUUUUUUUAGUGGAUUUACGUGGGAAUCAGUAGUCAUAGGCUACAGUUUUGGACUAGUUGUUGGAACUGUCAUGUGGAGUCUCAUGUUUAAAUAUCGUAAGCCAAAAUGUUGUGUUCAAAAUUUUCUUCCUCUUGCUUUCUUUUCUUCUUCUCUCCCUCUUUUGGUCUCUGAUUCCCAUCAUUCUGCAAGUGAUUUUGCGAUGGAGUGCAAGGGUAGUUCAAUUCCUCCAUCUCCAGGUUAA